AUGGAGCAGCUGAAACGAUGGCAAACGAUUCCAUCCCUCACCUACACGACCUUCUCCCUUGAUGACGACAUUAAGCAUAUAAUGGACUCGUUUUUCAAUGGAAUGGUGCAUCUUGCUUUCGGAGAUACCAGCGAACGCGCAGUCCCGAAUAAAGCCCCGGUACUUCAUUGGACUCCGGUCCCUCUCGACAUGGAAGUGCAACUGCUUCUUCGACUCACUUUCCCACUAGCCGCACCUGAUCAGAGCACAUUUGUCGAGAUGUGCCGGUCAGUAGGCUCUCAAUUCACGUCCACUUACGAGUGGAGGGAUGGAGUACUGCUGACCACGGAUCCGGUUCGUUUACAUGUGGAACGGGUAUCUUCAAGUGAAAUCGAGUUAACUGCUCGAGUAUGCGUGGAUGAGCUCGAAGAGGAACAAGCCUCUGCACCAACGAAACUUCUUUGGCCAUAUCUUGCAAUGACGUUGAAGCACAUGUUGAAUCAACUGGAAGAACAUCAAUUCCUUCAGUAUACAAUCGAGUUAAUACCGUACGGAACUUCGUUCUUCGAGCCACCUAUCCACGCUCGAGUGUUCGACCUUACGCUAUUCAUGGGAACAGCAUGUGAAUACAAUAAAGUGGCGUUCCGGAAUAAUGAUCAGCUGUACAAUGUUGAUUUGGAGAAACUGUUACCAGAUGGUCCCUUUGACAGCCUCUCUCAUCUUUUGAGUUUGGAACCGCCCCGACCAAAACGACCACAGCAGCCAAACAGCAUCAACGAGUCGUUGUUUUCUAAGAAUAAUGGCGACAUACCGAACGUCGGUGGUUUAGCUGUCACACAUAAUCGUGGACGUCGAGUUUCGUUCGGUGAGUGA